GGCAGUAAGAUGACUGAGAAUGUUGUAGAAGAAUCUGAGCACCGAGGGAGUGAACCUGAGCAUCAAGGUAUUGAAACUGAGCAACAUGAUAAUGUUGAAGAAACAAGGAAUACUAGCAGUAAGACAACUGAGGAGGUUGGAGAAGAAUCUGAGCAACAGGGAAGGGAAAAUGAGCAACAAGGUAGGGAAAUUGAACAAAAUCAGAUUGUUAUAGAAGUACAACAAGGAGCUGCACAGAGAAAUAAUGAGAAGAAAAGAAAGAGAAAUAAUGCAGGCUCAAUUAAGAAAAGUACAGAACAAGGAAAUUCAAGCAAAGAGAAAGAGAGCGAGGAAGUUAGUCCAAAAAGAAGAACUACAAGAUCAACAACUUCAGAAGCAACUGAAAAGAAAAAUGAUGAAGUUCAGAAAAAGAAGAAAGAAGUUCAUGCAAAGAAGAAAAUAACAAGGGAAGCAGAUUCAAUAAAAGAGAAGAAGCAGAAGAUAAAGAAGAAGAAAGCAGAAGAAGAGGAAGAAUUUGAGGAGGACGAAGAGGAGAUAGAGAAGGAAGAGAAUGCAAAAUACCCAAAGCUGUGGACAAGAAUGUCUCCGAGUAGUAUAACAGAAAUAAUGAAAAAUCUAAGUGCAGAACAAAAGAAAGAGGUGGUUGAGAUGGGAUUUGGCCCCUUACUGAACCUUGAAGUGAAGCAAUUGCCAAUGCAGUUGGCAUAUUGGUUGCUGGACAAUUUUGACAGCAGAAGUGUGUCUCUUCUUCUGCCAAACAAUGAAAGGUUGAGGAUUAAUGAAGAUGGAGUGCACGUGACAUUGGGAUUUCCAAAAGGAAAGAUUAAUGUGAAGAAUUUGAUUGACACUGAAUCUGAGAAUACUUCACACAUGGUGGCUAAUUGGAGAUCACAAUUUCAGACUGAAAAUGGAGUUGUGAAGACUGCUCAAGUGAAGAAGGUUAUAGAAGAAAACAAAGCAGGCGGAGUAUGGUUUAAAAAGAAUUUUUUGGUUCUCCUGGUAACAUGUUUGAUUGAAGGGAAGCAAAAUUGCUUUGCCAAUCAAAGCAUUCUGAAGGCAUUGCAGGAUGAUUCAAAAAUCAAGGAUCUGAAUUGGUGUGGAUACACUUUGGAAACAUUAAUUGAAGCAAAGGACUAUUGGAGCAAAAAUAGAGAAAGACAGUUCCCAGGGCCUUUAUUAUUUCUGAUUGUAAGUUACAAAUUCUUAAUGUUAUUGCUCAUUUUUACCACACUAUUACUCAUAUCCGCAUAUACACUACACAAUUCUAAAAUCUCAUAAAAUAUGUAGGUGUUCUAUGUAGACAACAUUGUGUUCAAAGGCAGAAAAGUGGGCAGAGCAUUGCCAUCUAUUAUUGGCUGGACAACACAAAAGCUGAACAAACGACAGAAGGAAGAAAUUGAAACUGGAGGUUUUGGAUACGGAUAUAUAGAUGAACCUAACAAAGGGGAAUUGAUAGUUCCAAAACUGAUCACAAAUGAAGAAGAAGCUGAAAUCCCGAUCGAGGGAAACAGUAAUCAGGAGCCAAAGAAGGUAAGGACAGUAUUAUGUAAUUUUAAUAGAAACAAUUGGGUAAAUAUAUAAAUGAUAAGUAUGAUAUGUAGAUAUGAGUAUUUAGUACAAAGUAAUGAGUGCAUUUAAGAAGUUAAAUAAAAAUAAAGAUAAUAAAUGUGUUAAAAAUAUAUAUGCUUCAUUCAAUUAUUUUAGUAUAAACUCAAUAAUAACAUAAAGAAUGCUCAAUUACUGUUCUAAAUUAAUCAUUAAAUAACUGCAGGAUAUUAUGAAGGAGUUUGCUGCAGCAGCGAAGAAUUUGGCAGAAAGCAUGGCCAAUUUUGAUGAAAAAUUUCAACAGGCUGCAAAGGUGUUACCUGAUGAUGAGACAAUGAAGAUUUUAAUGGGAAAAGUCCAUGGGCUUUUCAACACAUAUUCAUCAGAAAAGGAGAAAGAAAAAGAAAAUGAAACCGAAGUGUCACUGACUCCAGAUGAUGGAUUCUGGACUGAAGAAGUGCUCAAAGCAGUUGAAGCUAUUGAAAUGGCUCAGAAGAAAAGAGUUGAGAGGCCAACUUUUACUCAGUAUGAAAAGCCAAGCUUCAAGUUGCUUUCACAGGAGUCAAAUGAUGGGGCGAAUACAUAUGGGGAUGAUGAUGAGCAUCAUCAUGACAUAAUUGAGCAACAUGGCAAUGCAAUUGAGCAUGCAGAGGAUGGUCCAAGUGAGCAAAUGAAUAAGGAUAAUGACAAUGCUGAGGAUGUUAAUGAGGAUGAAGAGGAAUCUGAAAAGGAAGAAUGUGAAGAAGAAAGAGACAGAAGGUUUAGAAAGGGUAAGCAAGUUGAACAAUAUCACAUUGAACCAAAAGAGAACAAAGUGGAAAGAGAAAAAAGAGAAACAGCCCCAGCACCAGCUGUGAAGUCCCCAUUCAUGAACAGAAGUAUAGAUGCAAGGACAACACUUGGCAGUGAGGAAAGACUACUUGCAGGUUUUGUGUUCAAUGAUCAUUGUGACAAGAAUGUUGUGGUGUUCAAGCAUUACAACUUCACUCUUUCAAAAGCUCAGAUGGAAACAAUGAAGAGCAACACAAAAGUUGAUGCUGGAAUUAUAGAUAUAUGGGCAAUGUUGCUUAAUCAUAAUGAAAAGUUCAAAAGCCCUGAAGCUAAAAGCAGAAUGAUUUUCUCAACAAGACCAUGUCAUGUGCUAGAUCAAAAUCAUCUCACCGCUCCACAAACAAGGAACAAAAGGUUUGCGGCAGAAAUUGGCAAGGAAUUUCCCUGUGCAGAUGGAAAUAAGUUGAGGUCAACAGACCUAUUCAUAUUCCCAGAUGAAUACAAUGGGUGCUACUAUAUGAUGUGCUUUGACUUGAAGAGCAUGAAGUUCUACA